GGCGGUGGGGAGGGGCUGCAGGCUCGGCAGUGAUCUUGCAAAGCGGAACGAAAGGGAGCGCUGGAAAGGGGCCAACCCCGCGGCACAGCCCGCAGCGCCGUCCGGCUGCUCCCGCUGCUGUGUGCUGCUUGGAGCGAGCUGCACCCCGGGGCUCCCUGCCGGGGCCACGGUAAGGAGAUGGGACUUCCCUGCCACGAAACAGCAGCUGAGCGCCAGGAGAUGUCUGCUCCUCUCCUUGUUUUAAAAUCAUUGUUUUCUGCGGAGUCCCUGGGAUUGUUUCAUAACUCCACGUUGCAUGGAGGAUGACUGGAGUUGCUGCUGUCCCUGCAAAGCCGGGGUGUGCCUCAGGGUCUGCAGAAAACUGCUGGAGCAGAGCAUCCACUCCCUGCGCUGGCACUGCCCUGCAGCUCCAGGAAAUGUGGGAGAUGCUGAUCUUUGCCAAAUCCACACAUCUCUUUCUGUCUGUCCUCACACUGCUUCUCUGCAGCCCCAAGUGUGACUGUGCAGGCAUGGGCACCUCCAGAGAGCUGGAGCAAAGGGAGGAGCUCAGUUGCAUUCUCAUCUCAAAUCUGCCUAUUUUACAUCCUAAUUUACUCGGGGCAACGUGCCCGGCCCUUGAUUAGCAGGAAAAUAUCAAUUACUACCACACUCAGUUCUGUUGUGCACCAAGAACGUAGGACAUGCCUCCAGGGAUGACUCAAGAAACUCUGAUUCUUUGCAGACUAUUAACUCUCUCCUCUCCAGCAUGGGGCUGCCGCAGUUAAGAAUCAACAUUGUUGGAAAUGAGUUUCCAGGUGGAGGAGCUGCCUGGGCAAAUAACCAUCCAGCCCUGCACUGACUGCCAUUUCCCUUGGGAUUUUGCUGCCACUGCUGGAUGCAUUGCUUGUCAUGCAGAAACAAAUCUCCUCUUGCUCCUGGGAUGUGAGGCAGCAAAUACCUCAACAGAUACAGUUUCUGACCAAGGAAUCACAUUUCAAGUGUGCUGAAAAGCCCUGAGAGAGCUCAUUCUAGAAACAAAGAUGAACUGAUUUCUGGUUGGUGGCUAACCCUAGGCCUGGGGAGGAAACUGACCAGGAAGAAAUCAAAUCAGGGGUAACAAAGGUUUAUUCUGGGCUGUUCCAGAAAACUUCUACUAUUCACAGAGUGACAGAUUCUGCAUUCAGGUGAUUUGACCCAUUGCCAAAUUCUUCUGCCUUCCAUAGGGUGCUUGGAUAUGCUCAGAUGGAUCAAGCAACAGGGGGAGAGAGAUGUGAUCCACGGUGCUAGAGGGGGGUUGGAAGCAGAGAUGCUACGGGCCAGCUUUGGUCUGAUGUGCAGCCCUACAGCCCACGUCUCAGGAUUGAGAUGCUGCCUUAGCUGGAGCAGGGAGAGGGUCCUGGGCUCUGGGCCAAGCCCGUUUAAAGAGGGCACAAAUGUGGUGUGGCACCAUCUGGGCAAGGUGGGGUGCAGCUCCCUGCACAGCACAGGCUUGAGGCAGCACCCCGGCUGCCCUGAGGAGCUGCCUGCAUUCCGUAUAUAGAGCAGGUAACGGGCUGCAGAGAGUACUGUUCCCUCCCUGUGCUCUCUUAGCAGGGCUGGGGUCAUACCUUGCUGUGCUCCCAUCCACUACAGUUUGAGCUCAGGUCCAGCCACUGCAUGCUUAAGCUUCAAAUCGAACUGAAAAAGCAAUCUAAAGCCAUGUGCAUGCUCUAUCCCAGUCUCAUGCCACUCAACUGGCACUGGAACUGCACCUCUCUAAGCUGUCUUGACAGCCGUGUAAGACCUCUCUUCUCCAGGUGCUUUGACCCAGAAUAUCUUCUUUGCUCACUAACUGCCAGCACAGGCAGAGGAGCUCUGUGUGCAUUCACUGCUUGGGAUCGCUCUCACCACUGCUCUGCCAUGUCUUUGCAGCACACACCAACCCAAGAGGGAUUUUGGAGCAGGGCUGUUUGUCUAGGUCUGCAUUAGCCCCCAGAGGGAGCCGUGGGGUGGCAGAGCUGGCAGGCAGUGCUGUCAGUCCGUGGCACGUUGUGCUCAUUUCUCUGCAAAGACAAUGGUGGAGCAGCUGAGCAGCUGUGGAGCCACAGGAGGUGGAGUUCCGUCUGCCCACGCAGGGAAUGGUGAGAGCUCCCUCAGCCUGGAAUUACACUGCCCUCCUCUGGGUUUUGGUCCCCAGGGGGUUUUCAUAGGCAAUUUUAUUUCAGAUCCGAAGAAUCAUUUGGCUGAAAACAAAAAUGGCCUGGAUGUGUGCUGGGUGCAGGAGCACUGCUCUGAGGCACUGCCAAGGCAGGGGGAAUACGUAUAUGACAGCAGUUGGGUUCACUGUGGCAGUGAACUCUCCAGAUGUGUUCCCAUGCUUUUGCUUCACGGCAGAUCCAGCACUGUGCAUGGGGAGGGUGCCUGGGCUGUGGAGCAGAGCCAGGGGCUGUGGGCAGGGAAAUACCCCCAAGCGAGGGAGGUGGGCCUCGGGUAGGAUGCUGCUCCUCUGAGGGGCUGUCCAGAGCAGCGAUGAGAGGCCGAGCCAGGAUGGAGUGGGGCUGUGGGGUCAGUUUGCCCAGCAGGGUGCAUGUGGAGCGUGGUGGAGGCGUGGCUGCAUCCAUGGGAACACCACAUCCCAAACAAUGGGGCCAAGUCCACUUCUGAGCAAGAAGUCUGCAAGCAGAGUGUUUAGUUUUCCUCGUGUCCCUGGGAAAUUGCUCCAAGUGCCUCGGUUUCCUGAAAGGGUGGGAACGUCUGCAUGCACGACUUUGCAAGCAACGCCCAGGUCUGGCAGAGAAGGGUGGGAGGCAUUUGUGUUCACACUGCUGUUCUCCCUCAGGCCUGGGAUUUGGGGGAGUGCGGGCAGGCACUGAACAGAAGGGCUGGUGGGAGCAGGGGCCGUCUGGGAUGCAGAGCAGCAGCUCGGGAGGUGAUGGCAGUUCCCCACUCUGCCACCUGCACAGCCCUCUGACAACAGCUCUGCCCCUUGCAGGAGAGCUGUGGGUGUUUGCACGAUGGGACGGGGGAGGGGCAGAGGGACCCUGCGACUCUGUCACGUUGCUUCAAAUGCAGCGCUGCCAAUGAGACCGUUGCGGUGGCACAGCGUUAAUGCAGCGUGAGGACAGCGCUGCCCCAGAAAGGCUCUGUGCUUUAACAACACACAGCGGCUGUUGUGUGCAGCAGCCGGGGGAGACGCUCUCUUUAUUAAACCAUUCUGGACCCCGUCCAGCUCUGCCAGAUUCCUCCUUUCUCGGCAGGGCUGUGCAGACAGAGAUUUCCUCUCCCAUGUACAGAGCCCCGAGGUCAGCCCGGGGCAGAGUUUGUGCACUGCAGACCCUCAGAAUGCCGGGGGUCCCUCCCCAGACCAUCCUGGUUGGAGACAGCGGUGUGGGGAAGACGUCUCUGCUGGUCCAGUUUGACCAGGGCAAGUUCAUUCCAGGCUCCUUCUCUGCCACUGUGGGCAUCGGGUUUACGGGCGGUAACAGGGCCGGGGCGCAGCCCGGCUGGAGGCGCUGCCCGAGGAGGAGGAAGAGGAGGAGGAAGGAGGGCCAGGACUCUGCAGCUCUGCUCGGACACACCAUGAGCGGAGCGGGGGGCAACGGGACCCCCCAGGUGUCUCCACAGGAGUAUGAGCUGGCCGGCAAGGUGAUGUUACUCGGAGACUCGGGCGUGGGGAAAACCUGCUUCCUGCUCCAGUUCAAAGACGGAGCCUUUCUCUCCGGGACGUUCAUAGCCACCGUGGGCAUAGAUUUCCGGAACAAAGUAGUGGCUGUGGACGGGGUGAAGGUGAAGCUGCAGAUCUGGGACACAGCAGGACAGGAGCGGUUCCGCAGCGUGACCCACGCCUACUACAGGGAUGCCCAAGCCCUGCUCCUGCUCUACGACAUCACCAGCAAAAUGUCCUUCGACAACAUCCGCGCUUGGCUGACGGAGAUCCACGAGUACGCCCAGAAGGACGUGGUCAUCAUGCUGCUGGGCAAUAAGGCCGACGUGAGCAGUGAGAGGAUGGUGAGGACAGAGGAUGGAGCCUCACUGGCCAGGGAAUAUGGCGUGCCCUUCAUGGAGACGAGCGCCAAGACCGGCAUGAACGUGGAGCUGGCCUUCCUGGCCAUUGCCCGGGAGCUGAAGCAGAGAGCGGUGCAGCCGCCAGAUGAGCCCCGCUUCCAGAUCCACGACUACAUCGAGGCACAGCAGAAGAGAUCCGGCUGCUGUGCCUUCAUUUGAUGGGGAUGGGCACGGAGCGGCUGCCCCGGGCACGGUGGGCUGGGAGGAGCAGGGCCGAAUCCUGCCCACGAUGGAGCAGGGGGUCACGGCUCUGUUCCCGCAGGGCUCUGAGCAAGGCCGGAUCCCGUGGCCCUGCGGGGCUGUGCCAGGAUCAUCCCCAGUGCCCCAGCCACGCUGACAGCAUCAGCCCAGCCAGAGGGUCACGGUGAUGCCACCGCUGCCCCAGCAGGACGCAGGGUGCAGGAUGCAGACCCAGAGCCUGGAUCCUUCCCUGCCGUGCACUCCGUGCUGCACUCCUCCACCUGCACAGGCCCUGAUUCGGCCCCGCUGCCCUCUGCAGAGCCGCUGGCCCUGCGCGGUGCCCCUCACCACCACGUGCUGUGGUGUCCCCGCCUGUCCGUCCUGCUGCAGUUGGCACCACACAGACAGACACCCCCAGAGCACCCGCUGACCACUGAGGGCACUUCCAGUACACGCAGCACUUUGGAAAAGCUUUGUUUUCCCCCUCUUGCGGCUGCAGAAAUUGAAAGCUUUUCUAUUGUUAUUUACUUCCCUUUGAGCGAAAAGCUUUUUUCUUUCCAGUCCUUCCAGACAAACCCAUCAUGCAGGCUGCGGAUGGGGCUGAGGUGGCCCACAGCAUCGUACCCUCAGGCACUGUGCUGCAUAGGGCACAGAGACAGGGAAUAUUUGGGUGUGCUGCUCAAGAUGCCAAGGGCAGCUGCAGAGGGCACAACUCUGACGCACUUGGGGUCAAUUGGGCACAUCCAUCCCCAUGAGGACCCUCCCUGCCCCGGAGCCCCCUUCACCCCUGCGCUCCCCUCGGGUCUCUCUUUGCAAGUGUACAGAUUAAAGCUGGAUAUUUUCAA